CCGCGGUCUGCGCGCCGCCCCCGCCUCCUGAGCGGCCGGUGUAGCCGCGGGAGGGAGGGACGGACCGCGUGGACCUGGCGCGUCCCGCCGCUGCUCGCUCCCGCCGCACCGGGGAGGCGGCGCCCACACGGCCCGGCCGUCGGGCAGGAAGUGCGGCCCCCGCCUCCGCUGGGCACAGGCGGCGUCCGGCCGCGGCCCCUGCUCUUCCCGCGCAGACCCUGGGGUCCCCGGGUCGCCGACCCAAUGCGCCCGCUCGGCCUCGUCUACACUCUGGUCUGCGCCAACUUUUGCAGCUAUCGGGACGCGGCCGCGGCCCCGCAGAGCGCAUCCGUCAAAGCCCUGCGCAACGCCAGCCUCCGGCGAGAUGACUUAUACCGAAGAGACGAGACCGUCUGGGUGACAGGAACCGGCCACGUGCAGAGCCCCCGCUUCCCCAGCAGCUACCCCAGGAACCUGCUGCUCACCUGGCGGCUGCACUCCCAGGAGAGAACGAGGAUCCAGCUGGCCUUUGACCCUCAGUUUGGAUUAGAGGAGGCCGAGAACGAUAUCUGUAGGUAUGAUUUUGUGGAAGUUGAAGAUGUAUCUGAAACCAGUACCAUAAUUAGAGGACGGUGGUGUGGACACAAGGAAGUUCCCCCAAGGAUAACAUCAAGAACAAACCAAAUUAAAAUAACAUUCAAGUCUGAUGACUACUUUGUGGCUAAACCUGGAUUCAAGAUUUAUUAUUCUUUUGUGGAAGAUUUCCAACCCGCAGCAGCCUCAGAGACCAACUGGGAGUCAGUCACAAGCUCUAUCUCAGGGGUAUCCUAUCACUCUCCAUCAGUAACGGACCCCACUCUCACUGCGGAUGCUCUGGACAAAACAGUAGCUGAAUUUGAUACCGUGGAAGAUCUGCUCAAGCACUUCAAUCCAGAAUCAUGGCAAGAAGAUCUUGAGAAUCUAUAUUUGGACACCCCUCAUUAUCGAGGCAGGUCCUACCAUGACAGGAAGUCAAAAGUGGACCUGGACCGGCUCAAUGAUGAUGUCAAGCGCUAUAGCUGCACUCCUAGGAAUUACUCCGUCAACCUAAGAGAGGAGCUGAAGCUGACCCACGUGGUCUUCUUUCCCCGUUGCCUCCUCGUGCAGCGCUGUGGAGGUAACUGUGGCUGUGGAACCAUCAACUGGAAAUCCUGUACCUGCACUUCGGGGAAAACUGUAAAAAAAUAUCAUGAGGUAUUGAAGUUUGAGCCUGGCCAUUUCAAGAGGAGGGGCAGAGCGAAGCAUAUGGCUCUUGUUGACAUCCAGCUGGAUCACCAUGAGCGGUGUGAUUGCAUCUGUAGCUCCCGACCACCUCGAUAAAAGAAUGUGUGCCUACUUACCCUGAAUACGAGUGAAUCUUUAGUUUAAGGAGGGUGUAGUAAGAGAUCCUUUUCCUGCCAGCAACUGAACUUAAUGACCAGCCUGCAAAGCAGUGAGUGCAAGUGGCUGAUGAGGUUCAACCUUGCUUUGUUAGCCAUGGCAAGUAGAAAGCUAUAUCACUGACUUUUUAUCCAAGAAUAUAGGAUUGCAUUUAAGAAUAGUAUCGGAGAAUAUAUGCACAUAUAUACACACAUAUAUAUAUUCUCCAUGUCUGUGUGUAAAUACAUAAAAUGGUUUAUUCAGUGUGUAUGGCCAGGUACACCAGAGCUUACAUAUGCCUGAGUUAUUUAGAGCCUUAAAAUCUUUUAACAAAUUAAGGGACAUAUUAAAUACAUGAAACAUGGCCCUGGAAGAUUCAGAAGAUUAAUUUGUUUAUUUUUUAAAUUUGAAUCACAAAACAAUCUUGGAUCUUGCUCUUUUAAAGAAAACACCUUGUAUAUUAAAAACCAAUAAAUGAGUUUUUCUUACAUAUACAUCUUAAUUAUAAAAAAAGAAAAAAAAAAGGCAAACUGUGGUUUCUGGGAGAAAAGGCACAGUCCUACCUAUUUUUCCCGUGGGACACACUACAUGCUUACCUAUGUAGACAAUAAUUACCUAUCUCCAGAAGCGUGCCAUAAUAAUAUAGAUGCUUUAGAAAUUAAGUCAUGAAGUCCUCUUUUUAUGCAUCUUGCUGAGGCAUGCAAAUUCAUUUAACAUCUGUCUCAAAAAAACUUCUCAGGUUUUAUUAUUAUAAUCCUCCCAGAGACAAUUUAUGAAGUGUAGCAGAAUUUUGAAUUGUUUCUUUCUGAAAGCCCCUCCACAAAAGUAGUCCCUUUGGGAAAUGGCAUGAGGACUGUAUGAGCCUUUAAAAAAAUAGUGCUCAUUGAAAGAUCUGGGUAGUUUAAAGUAAAAAUAGUGAACAUAGAAAUAUUAACAGAACUGGAAAUUGGAUGGAAUAUUUGAGUGGAUCCAUAUUUAAUAACAGAUCCAAACUCUCGUAACUAUGCCAAUUCAUUUAAUGUAUCUUGCUUUUAUGAUCCCGUCUCUCUGAAAUGCACACGUGGAUUUAUGAUGGCAUUUUAUAUUUGGUGAGCAUCAUGAAUUAUGUAUACCUUAAAAGCCUUCGUGUAUUAAAACAACCCAAUUUUAUUGAUGUAGAUUCCUAAUCGUAUCUUCACUCACCAUUCUGAAUUCCUGUUUCUGAACUACGUGAUAUCAGACUUGGGGUCUCUAGUGUUCUCCAGAUCUGUGGAGCUGGUUCUAAGAAAUUACCCUGAAAGUUACAGCAACACAAAUUUGGCCUCGCGCCACCACUAGAAAUCUUGGGUCUGCACCUGUAGUCAUUACUGGUAUUUAGAAUAAUUUUCCCUCCCUGGCUCCCCACUGUCUAUUUGAAGAAUUGACUCCCAGAGUAGGAAGUUCAUCAUUGAGGGCAAUGCUGAAAUCAGAGUGAGCUCUGGUUUUCUUGCUGCCUUGAAACAAAAAAGGGAGAGCCAAUUUCUUCCGUGAGUCUUGGGCCCUACUGACCAGAACUAGUUUGGGGGUGCAUGAUGGGGCCUGGGUAAGCCCUGGGUCAGGUGAGCAGCCUAAAUAUACCUGGACUGAAAGCAUGGGCUAAGUUCUCCACCAUCCGCAAUCGUAGGCCCCUCCCCUUUCAGUUCUUUGAGACCAAAGGUCUUUGGUUAUUAAAGAUGCACCUGUGAGAUUUCCCUGGCAGCACCCAGUCGGUGCUUCUACCACAAGGGAUGAGUGGUGAAAUCACUGCAUUGUUGGGUUGCCCAGAACUUCAGAAACAGCCAAAGCAGAUGCACUCACAGUCAGGACUCCUCGACCCCUCACAGCCACCUGCCACUUACCCUAUUGGUUUAUGUGCCCAAAGCAAAAUGUGUCACAUCACUCCGGGGUGUAGGGCUCAUGUCACAGCUUUAAGUAAGAAAAAGUAGAGUGUUCUAUCCAAUUUCCAAUAAAGCUUCCAGUCUGCAAUCAACAGGAUGGUUUUCAGUUAAAGGCCCCUCUGUACUUUUUAUUUAUUAGCUGAAAUGUAAGCAGGCAUAGUCAUUCACUUUUGUUUCUUCUUUUCUGAGUGUUUUAUUAAAAUGUCUCCCUUGGUUAUCUGUUAUCUAUUGCACUUCCAACACGUAGCCAAUAAAUCUGUUUCAUUGCCAUCAAAGGAAUAAAAAAGCUUGCCGUACAAAUUACAUUUCAAAACAAACCCUAAUCAAUCUGCAUGUCUGCAUGGCUCGCUCACCUGCAGUAAUGCCUCUCAUUCAAGAUGUUCUUAGAGAGCAGAAUGCUUUCAUAAGGAGAAUUUUUUAUGUUUUUUGUUAUAUCGGUAACAGGCAGCUUUUUCUCUUGCAGCAUUUCUCUGUAGCAAAAGUAAAAUUCCUCUUACCUUUAUGAGAAAAAAAUAUAUUGCUUUUGAAAGAAAUUACUCCAUUGUUUAGUUCCCAGUGGCAGUUUUAAAAGGUGUACAAUGUUAGAAACUCACUUCGCCAAUGUAUGCAGCUCCGGGGCGGGGCACCAGAGAGCGAGCUGUCUGCUGGCCGGGCGCUUGGGUUCCGGGUGUUCCGGGGUGUUCCGGGGUGUUCCGGGCAGCAGGGCGGGACCUGAGGUUUUGCUGUUUUGUUGUUGCUGUUCUUUCGUUUCUGUGUCCCCACAGGGGCCUUUUAAUAAAUAUAGUCUCCUCUGACAUUCCUCA